AUGGUGCUGGAGCUCUCAGAUCACCAGGAUUCAGCCACGAGAGCCCGUGGGAAUGUGACCCGUUGUUGCUGGAAGAGCGGAUGCCGAGGCUGGGACCUUACACCCCGCGGCUGCUGGCGCACAGAGCCGCUCCCCGCGGGACCGAACGCGUUCAACCCGGUGCCACGGAGGCGGGGCGGGCACGGCAGAAGGGCGCUCCGAGGAGCUGCCCCUUGCUCCGGGCUGGUCCCCGCAGACCGGCUCUUUCCCGACCAGCCGGGCCAGUUUCGUUUCCCGCUGGCUCCUCCUCCGCCUCCGCCCGGCCCCCUCCGCUUUGCCCUGCCGCUGGUCCGGCUCCCGGCUCUCGGCUCCCGGCUCUCGGCUCUCGGUUCCCGGCUCCCGGCGAUGCUGCGGCGCUGUGCCCCGGGCUCCCCGGGCCCCCGGCCCGCCCGUGCCCUGCCGCCGUCCGCCCGCGCCCUCCGGCAGCGCCUGCGCCAGUGUGCAGAACGGAUCCCAGAGGCUGAAGCUGUACUCGACCUGCUGGAGAAAUGUCCAGAGCACCAAAGCAAGGGAGGUUUUCCUGUCAUAGUUUUUGAGGGGCUGGAUGCCACAGGCAAAACCACGGUGACCCAGGCUGUUAAGGACACCCUGAAUGGCAUUCUGCUGCGGUCCCCACCAGCUUCCAUCAGCCAGUGGAGAACUGUGUUUGAUGAUGAGCCAACACCCAUUAAAAGAGCUUUUUAUGCUGCGGGCAACUACAUUCUGGCUUCAGAGAUAGCAAAAGCAUCCACUCAGGCACCUGUGAUCAUAGACAGAUAUUGGCACAGCACAGCUGCCUACACAAUUGCCACUGAAACAAGUGGGAAAGUGCAGGAUCUUCCACCAGUUCAAGAUGAGGUGUAUCAGUGGCCUGAAGAUCUGCUUAAACCUGAUCUUGUUCUUCUCCUGACUGUUGAUCCUGAGGAACGAGUCCGAAGACUUCGGCAUCGGGGACUGGAGAAAACAAAGGAGGAAACUGAGUUGGAAGCCAACAGCUUGUUUCGCCAAAGAGUUGAAGAGUCAUACAGAAGGAUGGUGAAUCCUGCAUGCCAAGAGGUUGAUGCCAGCCCCUCCAAGGAAGAGGUUCUCAAGACUGUUCUACAACUAAUUAAGAAGCACUGUGCUUUUUGAAAGCAACUUCUGUGUAGUAGCACUUAAAAAUACUUUUUAU